GUCCAAACUCCGGCGGCAGCGCCCUCUGCAGGCAAGUGGCCGGCGGAAGUGUCAGACCGGAAAUGCGUGAUCCACAGGCGCCAGUACCGUGCGUCGUGCGAGUCCAGUGCGGAACCUGAAGGUGCCACUAUGGCUUCCAGCGGGGUCAGUGGGAACGCAAAGGGACCGGCGAAUGAAACUCCCGAAAUGCCAGACAACGUGGGAGAUUGGCUUCGGGGCGUUUACCGCUUUGCCACAGAUAGGAAUGAUUUCCGGAGGAACUUGAUCCUCAAUUUGGGACUUUUUGCUGCAGGAGUUUGGCUGGCCAGGAACUUGAGUGACAUUGACUUAAUGGCACCUCAGCCAGGGGUGUAGCCAAGUAGACAUAUGGAACCCCUAUGCUAUUGAUGAACCUUCCAAAAACAGCCUCCGUUUCUGUGGCCACCACAAGAUUUCCCCUGAUGGCAACUGAAGUUUGACUCAGACACCUUCCUUCCCUGUCUGGUUUCCUUUUCUUCGUUGGGUUCACUCAGAAUUUCGUUGUCUGGUCAGCAUCAGGCUUCAGCUAAAGUGUUGCCCACUAUUGUGUAAAGUUGUGUACAUAGCUUCUAAGUUUCUGCAGGGGGUGGUCUUUGCUCUUUUCCUGAGGAAUAACCUAUAGUAUUUUUUAAGUAUUUGAAAUAAAGAAUGCACACAAAGGUAGCCAUUUUAUUCUUUUAAUAAGAAACUUCUGUUUACAAAAACAAGGUGUAAAAAGUCAAGAUUUACAAAAAUCAUAAAAACAUGACUUAUAAUUUCACACAUGAGACAGGAACAAGCCCCAAACAUGGAUUGCAAUGGAGGUGGCUUGUUUCACUUUAAAGGAGGAAAAAAACCCAAAAAACUGUAAUCACCAUACACUGAUGUUAACAUAGGAUGAAAGCUUAUUCUUGAGGAGUUUUCAUUUUUGAGCAGUACUGGGAGAAGAAGCCAUUUGGUGUUGCAUAGCAUUUUAGUGCAUUAGGUGGGUUUUCCAGGCACCAGGGAGGCAUUGUUGCUGUAAUAGAGUGGGAUUUGGUGGCAGGAAGAGGGCAGUGAUAUGCAGAUGGAGGGAAGAUGUAAGUAAGCCUGGCCAGUGGGCACCAAAGUGACUUCUGCUUGAGGAAGCUGCUUCCUUCACAAGAAAAUAGAUGUUUUCUGACCCUAAAAUUGAUGGCAGUGCCACUGUCCAGGGGCUUUGGAUUGUUUGGAAAUGGAAUAUGUAAGGAACUGGCACGGGAAGACUGGCAUGGAAAGAGGUGGAGAUGAGUAGAGCUGCUUGGUUCAAAAUGCCAGCUUCUCUGCCCUCUUCAGAAAUGGGUAUAAAUUUGAGUAUGUUCUUGGUUCUAAAACAGGUUCCCCGUGGCAGUUUUUUUCCUAGUCCAUUUGCUCUAUCAAGCUUUUUUUUUUUUUUUUUUUUAAAAAAAAUACUGCUUUUAUGUGCCAGGUUUCUUAUGGAAGUAGUAUGUGAUUAAAGGACAUGAAUUGGAAAGGAGAGUCAGUAUAAAUGCAUCAUAGUGGCCUAAUAGGAGUAUUCUUGUUACAGCCGACAGAUGUUAUCUCUAGAAAUCUGUUCAUGAAACGUAAACAGGACAAAAUAGUUCUUUUUUUGACCCUGUGAGCUUAAAUCUCAUUAAGAAGUCUGUUUGAGAAUGACAUUAAAAAAAAUUUUUUUUUAAAGCACCAUUCUCCAUUCUCUUGUGGGUGUUAAUCAGAUAGAUUCUAUCUGAUAGGAAGAAGCUAUGAGCUUGUGUGAAUUCAGGUCUGUGGUUAGCUUAACAUGAGGCCAAGACCAUUUAGAGUCUACAGUGGGACCACAGAUGUUCUGCCAAGUUUUUACAUCUUAACUGGGUAUAAUGAUGAAGAAGGGUCAUAUACACGAGAGCAAGGCUCAGGUUUGAAGCCAUCCUGCCACCCC